UCGACUGCAUAGGAUGAGCGGGAGUAGUUUCGCGGGAUUCCAAGCUGUCGCGGCUGGUCGAGUCGCCGGUAGCAUGUAGCGUUUGAGGCCCGCCUGAUCGUAUUAUCCGCGUUUUACAAAUACUUAUAGAGGUAUAAGUAGGGAAGAUCUGUAAAAUUAUACAGUAGGAAGACAGUGGGUGUCGAAUAUGCCUCCAACUGGAUCUGGUCCCGAACGGGAGGAGCUGAGGAGUCGAAUCGAGGGUCUGAUCGGGUCGCAGCGGGUCAUGGUGUUCAGUAAGAGCUACUGCCCGUACUGUACCAAGGUUAAGAAUCUCUUCAAAGACCUCAACGUUCAGUUUGGUGUGUUGGAGCUGGAUCUUGUGGAGGAGGGUUCGAGCUAUCAGGAUGUGCUGUUUGAAAUGACCGGGCAAAAGACAGUCCCAAAUGUCUUCAUCAACAAAACCCACGUCGGGGGCUGUGACAAGACAAUGCAGGCUCACAAGGAUGGCCUCUUGCGUCAGUUGCUGGGCGAAGAAGAACCAGCCUAUGACUAUGACCUCAUUGUAAUCGGGGGAGGCUCAGGGGGGCUUGCCUGUUCUAAGGAAGCAGCAUUAUUGGGCAAGAAGGUGAUGGUCCUGGACUACGUGGUCCCUACGCCAAUCGGAACAACUUGGGGUCUGGGUGGCACAUGUGUGAAUGUGGGCUGCAUUCCAAAGAAGCUCAUGCACCAGACAGCCCUGCUGGGUACUGCGCUGCAAGACUCUCGUAAUUUUGGUUGGGAGUUUGACAAGAAAGUGGAGCACAACUGGGAGACUAUGAAGACGGCUGUGAACAACUACAUCAGCUCCCUCAACUGGGGCUACAGGGUGCAGCUGCGUGACAAGAACGUUAGCUAUGUCAACUCUUACGCUGAGUUUAUGGAGCCUCACAAAAUCAAAGCCAUAAACAAACGAGGAAAGGAGACCUUCCACACAGCAGCGAAGUAUGUGUUGGCGACCGGAGAGCGUCCACGCUACCUGGGUAUCCCUGGGGACAAGGAGUUCUGCAUCACCAGCGACGACCUGUUCUCCCUGCCUUACUGCCCGGGGAAAACGCUGGUGGUGGGUGCCUCCUACGUGGCCCUAGAGUGCGCUGGCUUCCUAGCAGGACUGGGGCUGGAUGUCACUGUCAUGGUGCGCUCCAUUCUCCUCCGUGGCUUUGACCAGGACAUGGCUAACCGUGUUGGCGAACACAUGGAGGAGCAUGGGGUCAGGUUCCUCCGGAAGUUUGUUCCCACUAAGGUAGAGCAGUUGGAAACUGGGUCCCCUGGAAGGUUGAAAGUCACAGCCAAGUCAACAGAAACUGAUGAAGCCAUUGAAGGAGAGUACAAUACUGUAUUGAUUGCUGUGGGCCGCGACGCCUGCACAGGCAACAUCGGCCUCGACAAAGCUGGUGUCAAGGUCAACGAGAAGAACGGGAAGAUCCCGGCGAAUGACGAAGAGCAGACUAACGUGCCCCACAUCUAUGCCAUCGGAGACAUUCUGGAGGGGAAGUGGGAACUGACACCCGUGGCUAUCCAGGCUGGGAAAUUGCUGGCCCGCCGACUCUUUGGAGGGUCCACAGUGAAGUGUGACUACAUAAAUGUUCCCACCACUGUGUUUACACCUCUGGAGUAUGGAUGCUGUGGACUUUCCGAAGAGAAGGCUGUGGAGAUGUAUGGAGAGGAGAACAUCGAGGUGUACCAUAGCCUCUUUUGGCCGCUGGAGUUCACUGUCCCUGGAAGGGACAACAACAAAUGUUACGCUAAGGUUGUGUGUAACAAACUGGACAGUGAGCGAGUGGUUGGGUUCCACUACUUGGGUCCCAGCGCAGGUGAGGUCACCCAGGGCUAUGCAGCAGCCAUGAAGUGCGGCAUGACUAAGGAACAACUAGACAUCACGAUUGGUAUCCACCCAACCUGUGCAGAGAUCUUCACUACCAUGGAGAUAACAAAGAGAUCAGGAGCUGACAUCACUCAAGCUGGCUGCUGAGGUUAAACCCUGCUGUUUUGACAGGCACUCCCUUUCAGAUCUGCUAUUCACCUCCUCUCACGGUCUUCCUUAAGCCGCCUGAGGCUUCUUUAACCACUUAACUGAGAAACUUCUUUCUUAGUGAAGUCGCCACAUCACCACUAGUCUACCGACAAGAACAUAUCUACAGCAGGGGAAAUCCCAAAAUCACCAAGGCCUCUGCAGUGGAGCUGAGAGAAGGGGGUGUUAAUGCGGUCACUGGAGCAGCCUGUUAAACAGUGGGGGGACUCUGACUUAUACUGCCAUAGUGCUCAGAAGCGCACUUUCAUCACGCUGUAUGAUGCCUUGGCCCUUAACCCAGGCAUUGCGGGGGGCCAAGGCUGAUGUCCUCUGAGUGACCAUGGAAUGGGGAUUAUUUUCCCCAGAACUCCAGUCAUCUCUUCUUCUGGUUGGAGAGUACUAUGACGCCAAGUAGAACCUGAGUCAAAUCAUGUCAUUGUGCCCGGAGAAUCAUGUUGUAUACUUUAGUUUUCAUACUACAUAUUUCUCACUGUUGCACCUGUAAAUUUUAGGUCUGUGUGUAUUAUUUUUUUGGAUGGUGAGCAAAAAUGUUACAACUACAACAGUUUCUUUGUCGCACAUAUGUCAUGGAAAUUCUGUUCUGCCUUUUUCAUUACGCAGUGUUAACCAAAGCUGAGACACAAGUUUGUCUAUGUUGGGCCACAGCUGUGUUUACAGAACUGCAGUUUGGACACCAGAUGCAUUGCUCUCUCUUUCCAGAAUUUUUGUGCUCCAACCGUUUCUGUUAAUUGAUAAUGCUUUUAUAUUACAAGGAUUUCAUGAAUAUAAAAAUUAAAGAAAUCUGUACAUACUUA